AUGGAUCCUUAUUUGCAUUUGCAUCAUCUCAAUUUCAUUGGUGGCCAUCUUUUCAAAAUGUUCAACCCACCUUUACAACAAUUAUCUUCACCAAUUAUUCUUAUGAUCGUCAAUUUCAUUCCAUUAGUAUUGACAAUGUCCACUUCACUUGCAGUCACCCCUUCUUCCCGAGUGAGUUUUCGAGUUGAUAUUGCACGUAUUAAUUCCAAGUUAAAACUUCCCAACUCGCAAACAGCUCAAAGCACCAUCAAGCUUGAAGGGUUUAGCUCACAAGCCGCGAACCCUACACCAUCUCCUAGUUUUAAGUCGUCAGUUCUUCAAGCUGAUGGCGAGUUUAUAAUGAACAUGUCUCUCGGGACUCCUCCUAGGCAGUUUCCUGCCAUCAUGGACACCGGUAGUGAUCUCGUGUGGACACAAUGCAUGCCUUGUAUGGCUUGCUACCAUCAAGCCACCCCUGUUUUUGACCCUAAUGCUUCAUCCUCUUUCUCUCCUCUUCCUUGUUCCAGCCCUUUAUGUGCCUCUAAAACGAAAAAAUGCAUGAGUAAUUUGUGUAGAUAUAAGACCUUAUACGGGGAUAUGUCUUUCACACAAGGGUACCUAGCAACGGAUACUUUCAUCCUAGGUGACUCGACACACAAUGUGUCUAUACCGAACAUAGGAUUUGGCUGUGGGAAUAAUAAUGGAGGGUCCGGUCUAGACACCGUGGCAGGCAUUAUCGGUCUAGGACGUGGCCCUCUGUCCCUCGUCACACAGCUUAAGGUGAAAAAGUUCUCGUAUUGCUUGCCAGUGCUAGGAGAAAACAAAAAGGGUACCCUUUCUUUCGGGUCUCUGGCAGAUGAGGGCUUUAAUGCUAGCAGUUCUCAGGGUACCCCAAUUCUCGAAAACCCGGUAUUACCAUCUCGGUACUAUGUAUCUCUAGAAGGGAUAUCUGUUGAUGAUACUCUUCUCCGAUAA